AUGAGAAGAGAAAAUAAGAAAGAGAAGCAAGUGGCAGUGCUGGCUACCGCAGAGCUGCCUGCAAAGUCCGUGGAUCUGGCUGCUAUUAACCUGACAGAGCUGGUGAACGGUAUGCUGAACACAGCGCUCAGAGGUACCAAGAAACUCUUCUCUUUGCUGAGCAUCACGUCUUACAGCUCAUUUGCCUUCCACAAAGUGUCAGUCACCAUUUACAACAUUUCUAACAUGAAAAAUGUUGACCCUGGCAAGUUCCCUAUGCAUUACUGCUACUGUUUGAACAAUGUGACAAAUGACUUGACAGAUUUUACAGCUUUACUUGUUGAUAUUAUUGGAAACUCCACCAGUUAUCUCACAGAAAUUUUCAAAUCCACUUCUAUUCUCUCAGUGCGUCAGAGCAAUGAUUCAGAUUGUAUCUACAUCUGUGUGAUGACAGGGCAGACAGGGAGAAAUCUGUCUGACUUUUGGGAAAUGCUGGAGAAGUCUCCUGUUAUUAAUUAUACAUUUUCCAGUAACGCAUCUUCUGACCUGGCUACCAGGAUCCCUCUGGCCCUGAAAGGGGAGGAAAUCCCCACCACGAGGUUCCCACCAUGGCCAAAGACGGUUGGACUGAAAGGAUCGGGGUUUCCAUCACUGCACGUGGAUGCUUCCAGACCACGAGGCACGGCCGGACCCCCUCCGUCUGCUGGGGGGAGCUCGGCCCCAUCGCCAGCCCUGCAGCCCAGCCCCACUGACAUGUACGCAUUUUGGAUGCAGACGGUGUCUCCUCAAGAAACCAGCAAACUGAUGCAAACAGAACCAGGGUGUCCACAGGCGAUCCUCAAGGAGUCCCGUGUGACCUCGCCUCCUGUCACUCUUAUAGUGCAAAAGAUCAAUCCCUGUGUGAUGGAGCUCUGUAGGUUUUUUCAGCUGUGCCUCUGUGUUGGGCAGAGAAGAUAUUCCAGAAAGGAAGCGAUGAGGUACUGUGUUGAAUACUAUUCCUGGUUCUUGAAAAACGCAAGUUAUGUCUGUGAAAGAGUCAAAAGAGUUGCUUACUCCCACACGUUAAAACAAAAAUGUCUUAAAAACAUCUGUACAUCAGUCUAG